AUGAUGCUGACGUGGAGGAGAGAAGACAAUCAGCCGCUAGAGUACGGCAAUUGGCAACAGAAUAAGAAUCAGGGAAUAGAGUCGGAGACCACAUUAGAGGGGGAAAGACUGACCAUUUAUAAAGUGAGUCGACUUCAUAUGGGAGCCUAUCUUUGUAUCGCACAGAAUGGUGUCCCGCCGUCUGUCUCCAGACUUCCGCCAAUGAUUUGGAUUCCAAAUCAAUUAAUCGGAGCUUCAAUUGGAGGAGAAGUGACGUUAGAUUGCAAUACAGAAGCCUUUCCCUUAUCAUUGAAUUAUUGGACAAAAGACGAUAAUUAUAUGAUUGUUUCGAGUGAUAAGUUUAAGACAUCUAAUUCCGAGAAGACAUAUAAAGUACAUAUGAAGCUAACGAUCAAAAACAUAGAGUCAACUGAUUUCGGCACAUAUCGGUGUUACGCCAAAAAUAGUUUAGGAUCCACACAGGGCUCCAUCAGACUAUAUGAGAUUCACUACUCGAGUCCUAAAGAACCCUCGACUGCAAGAAUACAGAGUAUGAAUGAUCAAGUCAAACACAAGAAGAACAUCAAAACUAGUGAUACUCUGGAGGGCGAAGAAGAUUAUUCAAACUCUUCCAAUACUUCCAACUCAGAAGAAUAG